CGGGAGCCACCGACCGGCCGCUGGGAGCCCGGACACCGGAGGGGGCUGGAGACGCUACAGCUAACUGGGAGACGCUGGGAGAAGGGGGAGGAUCCUCACACCCUCCGCCGCUCUGAAGGGCAGGUUACCCGGCGUGAAGAUGGAUUGAAAGAUGAAGAGUGGAAGACUCCCAUCGUCCGAAUAAGAGGACUCCUCUGUGAGGGUUUGCUCUGCAGUUUAACUGUGUGACUGAGCUGGGAGUGAGAAGAAGAUGCCUCCCAGGCCGUCCUCAGGGGAGCUAUGGGGCAUCCACUUGAUGCCUCCAAGGAUCCUGGUGGACUGUCUGCUGCCCAACGGGAUGAUCCUGACUCUGGAGUGUCUCCGCGAGGCCACGCUCAUCACCAUCAAACAUGAGCUGUUCAAGGAAGCCAGGAAAUAUCCCCUCCACCAUCUCCUACAGGAAGAGACAUCCUACAUCUUUGUCAGUGUUACACAGGAAGCGGAGCGGGAGGAGUUCUAUGAUGAGACUCGGAGGUUGUGCGAUCUCCGACUCUUCCAGCCCUUCCUCAAGGUCAUUGAACCAGUUGGCAACCGAGAGGAAAAGAUCCUCAACAGAGAGAUCGGCUUUGCCAUCGGUAUGCCUGUGUGCGAGUUCGACCUUGUGAAAGACCCUGAGGUUCAGGACUUCAGGAGAAACAUCCUGAAUGUUUGUAAAGACUCCGUGGAGCUCCGAGACGCCAGUGGGCCUCACAGCAGAGCACUGUACGUUUACCCACCCAACAUAGAAUCCACACAGGAACUUCCCAAGCACAUCUAUAGCAAACUGGACAAAGGUCAGAUUAUUGUUGUGAUCUGGGUGAUUGUUUCGCCGAACAAUGACAAACAAAAGUACACACUGAAGAUCAACCACGACUGCGUACCUGAGCAGGUGAUUGCAGAGGCUAUUCGUAAGAAGACCCGCAGCAUGCUGCUGUCGCCGGAGCAGUUAAAGAUGUGUGUUCAGGAAUACCAGGGUAAAUACAUCCUCAAGGUGUGUGGCUGUGAUGAGUACCUUCUGGAGAAGUAUCCCAUCAGUCAGUAUAAGUAUAUCCGCAGUUGCAUCAUGCUGGGCAGGUUGCCGAACCUGAUGCUCAUGGCAAAGGACAGCCUCUACAGCCAGUUGCCAACGGACAACUUCGUCAUGCCGUCUUACUCCCGACGCAUCUCCACAGCAACCUCCUAUAUGAACGGCGAGGCGGCUGCCAAGUCGCUGUGGACCAUCAACGGAACGCUGAGAAUACGAAUCCUCUGUGCCACAUAUGUUAAUGUCAACAUCCGGGACAUAGACAAGAUUUAUGUCAGGACAGGCAUUUACCAUGGAGGUGAACAGAUGUGUGACAACGUCAACACACAGAGAGUUCCCUGCUCCAACCCCAGGUGGAACGAGUGGCUCACAUACGACAUGUACAUCCCAGACAUCCCCCGCGCUGCCAGGCUCUGCCUCUCCAUCUGCUCCGUCAAGGGCCGAAAGGGAGCGAAGGAGGAGCAUUGUCCAUUAGCGUGGGGAAAUGUCAACUUGUUUGACUACACUCAUACUCUGGUGGCCAACAAAAUGGCUCUGAACCUCUGGCCUGUCCCUCAUGGCCUUGAAGACCUCCUCAACCCCAUCGGAGUCACUGGAUCGAACCCCAACAAGGAAACGCCAUGUUUAGAGCUGGAGUUUGACCACUUCAGUAGUCCAGUCAAAUACCCAGAUAUGAACGCAGUAGAGGAUCACGCAAACUGGACCAUCUCCAGGGAGCUGGGAUUUAACUACAACCUCUCUGGACAGAAUAAUCGUGUGGCCAGGGAUCACGCCCUGACAGACAGUGACACGGAGCAGCUGAGGCAGCUGAGCAACAGAGACCCUCUGUCAGAAAUCACUGAGCAGGAGAAAGACUUCCUCUGGAGACACAGGCACUACUGCAUGAACAUCCCUGAGAUCCUUCCCAAGAUCCUCCUCGCUGUCAAAUGGAACUCCAGGGAUGAAGUAGCACAGAUGUACUGUCUGUUGAAGGAGUGGCCAUCCAUCCGUCCUGAACAGACCAUGGAGCUGCUGGACUGCAACUAUCCAGACCCCAUGGUCCGACACUUUGCUGUUCGCUGCCUGGACAAAUACCUGAGCGAUGACAAACUGUCUCAGUACUUGAUCCAGCUUGUACAGGUAUUAAAAUAUGAGCAAUACCUCGAGAAUCCUCUGGCCCGCUUCCUCCUCAAAAAGGCCCUGACCAAUCAAAGGAUUGGACAUUUCUUCUUCUGGCAUCUCAAGUCGGAAAUGCACAAUAAAACCGUGAGCCAGCGGUUCGGGCUGCUGUUAGAGGCUUACUGCCGGGCCUGUGGCAUGUACCUCAAACACCUGAGCCGUCAGGUGGAGGCCAUGGAGAAGCUCAUUAACCUCACCGACAUCCUCAAACAGGAGAAGAAGGAUGAGACGCAGAAGGUCCAGAUGCGGUUUCUUGUGGACCAGAUGAAGAGGCCGGACUACAUGGACGCGCUCCAGAACUACACCUCUCCUCUAAACCCUGCGCACCAACUGGGAAACCUGAGGUUAGAUGAAUGCAGGAUAAUGUCAUCAGCAAAGAGGCCAUUGUGGCUGAACUGGGAGAAUCCUGACAUCAUGUCCGAGCUCCUCUUUCAGAACAAUGAGAUCAUCUUCAAAAAUGGAGAUGACUUGCGACAGGAUAUGCUGACGUUGCAGAUUAUUAAAAUCAUGGAGAACAUUUGGCAGAAUCAGGGACUGGACCUAAGGAUGCUCCCCUAUGGCUGUCUGUCACUGGGAGACUGUGUGGGUCUCAUCGAGGUGGUGCGGAGCUCCCACACCAUCAUGCAGAUCCAGUGUAAAGGAGGCUUGAAGGGAGCCCUGCAGUUCAACUCCAACACUCUGCAUCAGUGGCUCAAGGACAAGAACAAGGGCGAAAUGUAUGACUUGGCUGUGGAUCUGUUUACAAGGUCCUGUGCAGGCUACUGCGUGGCUACAUUUAUCCUUGGGAUAGGAGACAGGCACAACAGCAACAUUAUGGUCAAAGAUGAUGGACAGCUGUUUCAUAUAGAUUUUGGUCAUUUCUUGGAUCAUAAGAAGAAGAAAUUUGGCUACAAGAGAGAGCGAGUGCCCUUCGUUCUGACUCAGGACUUUCUCAUCGUCAUCACCAAGGGAUCCCAGGAGUGCACGAAGACCAAAGAGUUUGAGAGGUUCCAGGAGAUGUGUUAUAAAGCCUACCUGGCCAUCCGGCAGCACGCUAACCUCUUCAUCAACCUGUUCUCCAUGAUGCUGGGCUCUGGCAUGCCUGAGCUGCAGUCAUUUGACGACAUCGCCUACAUCAGAAAGACUCUGGCUCUGGAGAAGAGUGAGCAGGAGGCCUUGGACUACUUUAUGAAACAGAUGAAUGAUGCUCACCACGGAGGGUGGACCACUAAGAUGGACUGGAUAUUCCACACAAUUAGACAGCAUGCACUCAACUGAUCUCCUGUGCUUCACAUCCCUCAAUGGAGAAUUGACUUCUGUCAGCGUGAGUCCUUCAAGGAGCUUCAGUUCUGUUACAGUGCACAUUACCAACAGCUCACUGUCGAGGAAAGUUCCAUUUCGGUUCAUAUUUUAACAGGGUUUCUUUCUUGGCAUGAUCAUGUGACGAUGCUCUCCCUGGAAGCGAGUUUCCUUCCUGCCCUGGUGAAGAUAUGGCCGUCCUGGCUGAUGCUUGUGCCAAUGGCUACUAGGCUUCCUUUGUUUUCUUGCCCAACACGAUCAGACUUGGGUUCUAAGGAAACGUUACCUCUUACUCAGCUUCUGCUGGGGGAAACACAAAUUGGACAAAACAGCAUAAAGACGACGUUUGUGCUGAAUUAUAAAUGUAGCCACCUGCUGCACUUUUGACGCUGCACUGUGGCUCCACCGUAGAAGGGCGGUGCUUUGGAAACCCUUUUAAAUCUUAGUAUUGCUGAGGAGGCAGUGGGCACAAGGAACUACAGUUUAAAUGAUCUGACACGUGCAGGAUUACCCGUGCAAGAGUCCCACUUCACAGUCUUCCACCAUCUUCGCCCCCUCUGAGGAAUCUUCAGAGCUCAGAAACUGCCCUGCAGCAGAGUGUGUGUGUCGUGCACAGCUCUGCAGUCUCCCAUCCAAGAAGCAGCACUCCACUCAUGGGAAAAUUCGCUUUUAAACUCCUGCAUAAACUUCAGGGUGAUGAUGCCUCUCCAUCAAAAAACAGCACUUAGAACUAUCAGAGUAAUAUACCGAUUUAUUAUGACCUUUUUACAUUUAUUUAUGUAUCUAGUAUCUUUCAGUUUCUACACAGGAAAAUCCCUGAAUCCACUCUCCACACAUCAUUGUUUGUGUAAAUGUAUUAGGAGUUUUCUUUUUAUUUCCCUUGACCUGUUUACAGCUUCCUCUGGCUCCUGCAGCUGCAACGGCCCCCCCCCCCCGGUUUUCUCAACUCAUUCGUAAACGAAGACUUCUAAUCUUCUCUUUUUGGUUCAGUCACUUUCAAGUUCAUCUCAUUUCACUGUGACAGAAGCCCAAUCAGUGUCAUUGUGGCUCGUUUGCAGCCCCGUUAUGAAAUAUAAACAUGAAUUUGUAUUGGAAUGCGAAACGAGAAGAGCUAAAGUGCCACUCUCCCAUUUUUUGGGAUAAUGGGACCGGUUUUGUACGCCUCUGGCUGUUUGAAUGUCAGCGAGCAGGGGCCCAGGGUCACGUCUUCCUGUUGAUAAAAUGCCUUGGCGUCACUGCACAACAUUCUACGACACUGCACAUAUCGUUAAUCUCCUACAAUCUCUGCCUGAGCAAGUUGUAGGCAGCAAACAGCAGCAGCACUAUUAACAUGAAGCAUGGCAGUUUGUAGGAAAAUGCUAGAUUUGACCUUCACUGGGGUUUUAUUUGUACUGUAUUUCUAACUGUGUCAGGUGGAUGAGCUUCAUCCCGUCCCCCAUUAGAAUUUCUUUGAAAUGUUGACUCGUGAACAAAGUGCAUUUGAACUUGUCAAUGGACAACGUUCCUCUGAGCCUGAAGCCCUGGUUGUAUUUGAGCCCCGCCUCCUCUCGACAGAUACUGUGAAAGCCAAUGCUCUUUUUAUAUAUUUGUUUCAGACAGUAACAUUUGAUCAUGUGGGUUUUUGAAAGUGUUGAAGUCACAGUGAAACUGUCAUUAGAGUGUCUGUGAAGCAGCAUGUGGGGAAAAGGUUUUGAAUGAAUUUGAAGAGCGACACAGGACUGUUGAUCUACCCCCCCCCUCCUCCCUUCAAUGAAUUUGGUUCCAGCUACAUUCUGGUAAUGUAAACAAAGUCUUGCCAACUGAAAAUCCAUAAACACAUGGAGGCAGAGUUGAGCAGAGUUCAGUCACAUUUCAUUAAAUGAAUGUGUGUACAUGCCCCUGACUUUAUAUCACAAUGUUGUACAGCAAGACAACUGAGAAAGUAUUUUAAUGUAAAAAAAAUAAGAGAUAACACAAUUAACACAGAGUUUUAAUUGAAUUGAAUUUGUAUGUCUCUGUUUUAAAAGCAGACUGUAGCUGGCUGCUCUCUGGAGAUGAUUUGAGAUGAUUUAAAAAAAAAGGUGCACAGACAGUUUCUGUGUUGAGAACCUGUUGAAAGCUGUGUGGUUUCCUCAGGAGGGAGAGAAGAUCCUCACAAGCCCCCGACGCCCUCACCCUGUAUCUAGGACACGUGGGUGUGUGUGUGCAUGGCUAAAUCAACCCUAUAUUAUGAAGCUCUUGUCAGUGGAAAGGAAACUGUUGAUUGUAUUGAAAAGCCAAAGUCGUGGUCUGUUGUGAUGUGUGUGUGUGUGACGUCGUAUUUCUGCAGAUUUAAUGGCUAGAAUGUAUUUAACCACUAACACAGACCUGACGUGCACUUCUAUGAUUUCUCCUCGGCCACGUUCUCUUCCUCGAGUCAGAUGCAGUGCCACUGAGCGUGGUCUGUGGUUGCUACGCCGUUCAUUUGCCAUUUUUACUCUAACGUGCCAAACCAGGUCUGAGAACGUGAGGCCUGUGGAAGUCAAUGCUGGACUUGCAUCCUGCAGUAAAGUCAUAUCAGUUAGAUACUAUCUUUUUAAGAAAUGGGAGGUUGGUGUAUGCACUUAAAAAAAAAAAAUUCUCAAUGCCUGUUUGUUUUGAAGGAGUCUGUGAGAGUGACGGUGGCCUAGUGUGCAUGUCUCCAGGCAGUGUAUCCACCAUGUAGGGUGACCAUUCAGAAGUGUGUAUGUGCAGUUACAGUCAUUUUCUAUAGGAGGCUUAACGUGGGACAAACCCUAGAGGGUUUAUAGAGAUGGACGACGCAGCUCCACUUCCUCCCACUGUCCUGAAUUGUCCCGAAUGUGAACGGCAGCUGCGGCAGAGAGGUCCCCCCCCCCCCCCCCCGAAUCAAGAGCUCAACCAAUCGUGAGUCAGUCUCUGUCCAUGUCAAUCAUGAUGUUUCACUCUUAAAUCCAAACAUAACAAGCAAAACAUCAAAGUUAUACGAGCUACAUCAAACGACAGACACCAUCUUAGAAACAAUAUUAAUUUUGCUGUGUAUUUUGACUUGUCGUCAACAUGUGCUUGCAUUGAAGAGGUGGGGGGUGUGAGCUGUACUGCAGCCAGCCACCAGGAGGCGAUUGAGAUAAUUUGGGUUCAUUUUUGUGGAGCUGUCAUGUCGUCCAUCUUUAGGAACAGUCUAUGUGACAAACCUGUGGUGUUAGAAUUAUUCUCUUUUGCCAUAUAUCCUCUAAUUGGUUAGUAUGAGUGUGUGUGUGUGUGUGUGUGUGUGUGUGUGUGUGUGUGUGUGUGUGUGUGUGUGUGUGUGUGUGUGCAUCAAUUACCCGUCUGUACAGGUUGCAGAGCUUCAUUGGCAGGUCCCAGUGAAAAUGUGUGUAUUAGUGUGUGUCUGUGUCCAUGUGUGUGAUGACACUGAACUGUUGCAGUGAUUGUGUCUCUAAAUGUUUUUAUUUAUGUGCCACAGAAACGCUUCAGGAACAAACACAAAAGAAGGGAAACGUUUUUUUUUAGUUUUUCUGUUUUCAUACUUCAAUUGUAAAUGUUUUACUUGAAAUGUCAUGAAUCAGAUCCGCAGCUGUGUUGGUUUAGAGUUGAGGUGCGGUGUCUACCCUGUGAGAGUGUGUGUUGUGUGAUGUACGUGAGAACGUUGAAGCGUUUGUGUACUGGUUGUUUGUUUGAUACUGGUCGUGGAUGUCAUUGGUGCCACAGUCGUGAAAUUCAGGAGUCAAAUAGCAGCUCCUUCUUGAACGAGUGAAGGACUGAGGUUGAAGUAGGAGCCGUGAUGAAUCUGAUCUCAGAUCUUCAGCCUCAGAAUCAUGUGAAUGAGCACUGAAGCGAUGUGGCACAACUUUUCAGAGGAUGUUUGUUUGAUUAAAAGUUCUCCGGGUCGCAGACUGGGAGCUGAAUUGGUUCAGGGUUUCUUCAGGACUAGAUUUAACUCUGAUGUUCCCACAAUGAAAACACUGGUCAUAUUAACAAACCUGCUCAAUUGGUCACAGGGUCACUUUAACAACAGUCUGCAGCAGUGUGAGCUUCACACAGUGAUGCUCAUUGACAGACUAUUAACAGAGAGAGGAGGACAACACUCACUUUGUCUCUGCGAGUACAAUCACAUCGUCUGACCUUUGAGUCCGUGGAUCGACAUGAUGAUAUGAUUGAAAAAGAAACAUUAACACAACACACAGAGAGAAAAGUGCAAUUUAAUCUGGUAAAUAUUACCUCUGUUGUUUUUAAUGAAUGUCAGACGAGUCUUUAUUCCUGGAUGUGUCUGUUUCUGAUGAAUUUGUGUUCACCUUACUUUGUAUGAAUAAGUGGCCUAACAUUUAGUGUAUACGACGGCGUAUCCUUUUGUGGGUUUUUACUGUAGAAGCGUUUCAGGAAGUUAUCAAAACUAACAGUUACUUAUUUUGUUCUUAACCAGCCUUGAAUGGGCUUUAAACAGAUUUAACCUUGAGGGUUUAAAACUCCGGCAACAAAAAAAAACUACCUAAGAACCAAUACGACAAAUCCUCCAAAUUACUGACGAGUCUUCAUCUCGAUCGUCCCAGAUUCUCACUUUGAACGAGGAGCAUUGACUGAAUGUUCUGUGGCUUCAUGUCCAUCUCUGUCCGCAGCACUAUAAACUAACACAGUGUAUUUCCAUACCAUGCUGUCAGACCUUAACCUAUACUAUGAAUGAAUGUAACGGGCCAAUGUAUUGUUUCUCACUGCCUAUACCUGCAUGAGAUUGGGUAAAGAUGAAUAUUCUUCCUCCUGCUAUACUUGUUUUUUUUUACUUUAGUCUGCUAUGCAGCCAUACAGAUGUUUAUGAAUUAAUGCCUUAAGUUUGCUCCCUGUAGGAACAGUUUCUAGGACAAAUUCAUUCUCACGAUAACCUGCGUUUUUUAUUUAUACGUGCAUAUGAUUGUGUUUCAGUUUGGCUCCCUGGUCACAGAGUAAAGGUUUGUACCCUGACUGACUGACUGGCUGCUCAUCUGAUUGUUCUGUGAAGAUGUACAAAUAAAUUUGUUAAACAUUCA